AUGUUGGCCAUCCCAAGUUCAGAACCCGGAAACGGACCUAGAAUUUCCAUCAUGACAUACAACACCUUGGCACAGGCGCUCGUCAGUCGUGAGAGAUACCCCACAAGCGGCACAGCCCUUCGAUGGGCCAAUCGGUCCAAGGUGUUAUUUGAAGAGAUUGGCAAUUAUAGCCCAGACAUCCUAUGUCUUCAAGAGGUGGACGUAUCGACAUGGGGCACUGCGUGGAAACCAAAACUACAAGAGCAAGGAUAUCAUGCGGUAUUCCACGCGUCUCGACAGAAAAAACAUGGCAUUGCAAUCGCAUUCAAGUCUGGCAAGUUUGCUUGUUCACUGCAUAUGUUGGUGGACUACGACAACGAGAUAACUGAGGGCAUGGAAAGGUCAAAAAUUACCGACAAUGUCGGACUAUUCGUGUAUUUGUCAUUCACUCCUGAGUUCCUUGAAGGCUCCUCAGCACCGUCAAAGAAAGGAGUGAUCAUUGGAACUACCCACUUGUACUGGCACGCGUUUGCCUCUUUCGAGCGCACGAGACAAACGUACAUUUUGCUCAAACUGUGCAAGCAGUUCAUAAGGAAUACUAAAGUUCUUUUCGGUUCUGAUUUGACAUUCUAUACGUAUGUUGCAGGGGACUUUAAUUCACAGCCGUUUGACGCUGCAUACUUGUCAAUCACUGAGAAACCCAUAGAGUACAAGGGUAUCACAAAAAACGCUCUUGGAAGAUCUAUUGCCCACGAUUGGUAUGGCAACACAAGCUGUGUGAAUGAAAGCCCUGAUCCUGAAAACUUCGACUUCACUGAUGAAACGUUAAAACAAAUUUCAAACAUUCAGGCCCUUCAUAAUAGCGUCAAUUUGAGAGCUGUUUCCCUAUAUUCCAUCGCAUACAGGCAUGUCCACCCCGAGAAUUCAGGGCUCGACAAUGACAAAAACGAGCCGCUUUUUUCGAACUGGACAGAUACGUGGAAAGGUCUUCUAGACUACAUAUGCGUCCUCUGCGAAUGGGAAAACACAGACAAUACAGCGGUCGAUAGUUUGCUGGAAUUCACGAAAGCAUCAAGCAUGAGGCUAUUGAGCUUGCUCAGAAUUCCUGCCAAGAAUGAAAUGUGCUCAGAUGCGGGAUUGCCCCAGCCUUGUAUGUAUCCAUCCGACCAUCUAUGCAUGAUGGCUGAAAUGGAACUAUUGUGA